UUGAAAAUCCCAUCCCAUCUUCCCCAUCUUUAUAAGCAAAUCCACUUGAAACAUGUGCCUGUUAAGCGCUUUAAUUUCCCCUGGCUUGUUUUCUCUUUUAACCUUUCACCCCUUGCUCCAUUUCAACGAGGGAAGAUCGAUGCUGUCAUGCCAGUGUUGGUUUUGCAUGGGAAUUCAGUGGAGGAGUCAAAAAGAGAGGAGGUGAAAAGGGUCUUUUUUUCAAGGAAAAAAAAGGAAAAGAAAUGAAGAACAGCAAUACCAAGCUAAUCCUCCUCCAUCCCUAUAUCCAAAAACAAGGAAGCUCUAACAGGUUAUGGCUCCUUGCCUUAAUUUCCUUCUUUACCAUUGCUUUCCUUCUCACUCUUAUAUACACCAGAGAGUCAAUUACCGGUAAAACGACAGCCACAAGGACAACCAUGAGAGGCCCUAGCUCUUCUGUCUCUAGUUUUGGUGGUGCGCCAUUGCCAACCACUGUCAUCAACACCCUUCUCCAUUAUGCUUCGAAAUCCAAUGACAGUUUUCACAUGACACACUCCGAGCUCAAGUCAAUCUCUGAUGUCCUACGGAAGUGUUCCUCGCCUUGCAAUUUCCUUGUUUUUGGCUUAACACAAGAAACCCUUCUCUGGGAGGCAUUGAACCACAAUGGCCGCACGGUCUUCAUCGAUGAAAACCGGUAUUACGCUGCUUAUUUCGAAGAGUUACAUCCCGAAAUCGAUGCCUUUGACGUCCAAUACACGACCAAGAUAAGUGAAACGAGAGAGCUUAUAUCAUCUGCCAAGGAACAGAUUCGAAAUGAAUGUAGGCCAGUCCAAAACCUGUUGUUCUCAGAUUGCAAGCUUGGAAUCAAUGAUUUGCCAAACCAUGUUUACGAAGUCGAUUGGGAUGUGAUAUUGAUUGAUGGGCCAAGAGGGGAUGGACCUGAAGGCCCUGGAAGGAUGCAGCCAAUCUUCACAUCCGGAGUGCUAGCAAGAAGCAAGAAAGGGGGAAACGCCAAGACUCACAUAUUUGUUCAUGAUUACUACAGAGAUGUGGAGCAGAUGUCUGGGGAUGAGUUUUUGUGCAGGGAAAACUUGGUGGAACACAAUGAGAUGCUUGCCCAUUUCGUGGUGGAAAGAAUGGAAGAGAACAGCUUCCAGUACUGUCGCAACAAGAACAAUACAUCAACAGAAGCUUCAUCUUCCUAGCUAUUCGCAGCAAAGCUUCAUCUUCCUAGUUAUUACAUAUCGAGUUCAUGCAGAUGAUUAAAUACAGUCCCAAGGGGUCAAAAAUGGUAUAAAGAGAGGUGAAUAUGGGUUAUUUAUCAUCAUUUGAAAUUUGUCUAGAUCGACCUUUUUCUUGGGGGUGGGAUGUAUGUAAAAAAUAAUAUUUUUUUGCAAUGGAAUUGUAAGUUCAUUGAAUCAAAAGUUCCAGGACUUCAAAUUGUCAUCAUUUUAAAAUUCUUCUCCUUCUGUUCAUUUUUUGGUUAAUGUCAGAGCAAAUGAGCACUAACAAUCAAAUUUUGAACAACCAUAAAUAAGUUUUAUCGGUUAAUGAAGCGAAGGACUUUCAUUUUAAGGUUUCCACAUUGCUUGGAUUUCAAGAGUUCUAACUAAAAAGAAAGUGAAGUAGGCCCUGGUGAUCACCCAUAUCAAAUGAUGGCAAGUACAAGAAAGAGGACUCAAAUGAAGAAACACCAAUGCGUUGAAGCUAGCCAAUGGAAUUGAUAGCCAGAUUGACUAUGGGAAGAAGAUACAGAAAAAUGACAAUUGCAAUUUGAAAGAGUAUACUGGAAAAAAAGGGAAAAUCUACUUAUAUUGUUUUCACUAGAAGAUUUUGUUCAGGUCAUUCACUCUUAUAAAUGACUGUCUAAUGUCAAAUGCUACUACUAUUACUGUUUCUAUAUAUAAUUUGAAAGAGUUUCAAUCUUCUAAAUAAUAUUACAUGGAUAAAAUUGAAAAAUCUCAAAAGUAUU